UUUCCUAUGCCAUUGCAUUUCACAUUGUUUCAGGUCUGGCUCGCCUUGUUUGGCGCAACGGAUUGGAAAAUUUGUCGUUCAUGCCGUGUUUUUUUCUCCCCAGCACCUUUAUCCACAAUACCCUUCCCUCAACUUUGCGCCAAAAGGCACAGUGUACAUAUACCAUGACGGCGUGGCUGCUUCUUGCUCUACCCAUCAUCUCUCAACGUCCCUUCCCCCGUAAACCCUCUAUCCAUAGUCAGCGCUUCACGCUUGAUACCCCGUCAUGUCUCUUCCCCCCCCCCUUUACAAUUUUCCGCAGGUUCGAAGCUAGUCAUACAUUUUGUCUUGUACGUUUCCACUGGGGCACUCGAUGUUUUUUUGCGUAUUUGGAUGUCAAGAAAUACCCAUUUCCCUUUUUCUACCAUUCUCCUCUUGUCCGAGAACAUCUUGCUUGUGUAUCUUGCUCUUGCUCUUGCUCUUGCUUGAGUUCAGUUUCUUUCUAUCAAAUUUGGUUUAUCGAUCGAUCCAUCGAGCGGUCAUCGGCGUUUGUUUUAGUAUUUGGCUAUGGGGAGAUGAAGUAGAAGUCAUGUGAUUGUAUGCCAUAGAUGUCGCGAAAAUCUAAAUGCAUUUGGAAGAAGUACGAUGUGUUACAAAAGUAUACAGGGUCCAGCUUUCAAAUCUAAUUAGAAAGUUUCAUCCUCCAAUCGCUC